CCGACAGCUUUCGCCCGUACAGCGUGUGCCGUGUCGAGCGAGGUGCCUAUCGAUCGAUCGGGGCAGGUGAUCCGCCGUCGUGGCCAGUGUUCGAUUACCUAAUAUCUCUGUCUCUCUAUCACCCUUCAAAAGAUUCGUUUCCCCCCAGACGACGGGUGCUGCUGCAGGUGUUCCGGUUCCGGUGCGGUGUUCCGGGCGUUCGAACAGGAGCGUCACCCCCGCGGGAGAGGGUCACCUCGUGGGUUCUGGGAUCCAGUGUGUGUGUGUGAGUGUUUGUAAGUGAAGUGGCCAAAGUGAGGGCUUUUGUGUGAGAAGCUGGUGGAAGCAGCGAAGAGCUCCAGCAGAAGGGUGCACCGUCCGUGAGUGUAGCCAGAUUACUUACCGGGAGGGAGCGGCCACACGAUGACGGGGAGACGGGAGCGUAGGUCGCGGUCCAAGAAGGGCAUCUCGGAGGAACCAACACCACAGGUGGCGGUGACGCCGGCGGAGCCGGCGAUGCUGGACCUGCUGAAGAUUCCGGGCCGCGGCGACUCACCGCGCGACUUCCGCAGUCUGCACCGCGAAAAGUCCCCGUUCGAGAUCGGCGAAAAGCCGGACGUGCAGGUCGCCUCGCAGAAGGCCAUCAUCGACAAGGCGCUCAUUAUGGACAUCUCGGGCGGCGUGACGAACGUGGACGAGUAUAUCUCGCUGUUCUUCACCGACUCCUGCUCGCUGGAUCCGGCCAGCUGUGGUGACAUCUCGACCGUCCAGGUGGUGGUCGUCGAGGAGGAGGUCACCCCGCCCGAACCGCCGAAGCCGGCGGAGGAGCACGAGAAAACGGAAGCCCAGGCCGCGGCCGAACUGGCGCGCAUCAAGGAGGAGGAAGAAGGUAAGUCCGCGGCGGAAGAGGCGGCGCCGCCGCCACCGGCAGAGCCGGAGCCAGUGCCAGAACCGGAGCCCGAGCCCGAGCCCGAGCCCGUCGUGGAGGAAGAGGAGGAGGAGGAGGAAGAGGAGGAGGAGCCCGAGCCCGAGCCGCCUCGGGAGCCGACGCCGCCGCCCCCGAAGGCGCCGUCACCCGAGCCGAUAAAAAAGACGCCCGAGCCCGAGUAUGACUCAGACGUAGAGCUGAUCCCGGUGAAGGAGGAGUUCGAUCCGUCGGUGUGGAAGAGCAUCGACAGUCUCGAGCAGCAGCUGCAGCAGCAGGCAGAGGCGGAAGCGAAGCCAGCGAAGCCAGUCCCGCAGUCCAAAGAAGGCUCCCGGCGGCAGUCCGAGACGAUCGAGAUGACGGAACGGGAGCGCGACCUGGAGUGGCAGCGCCAGCGGCAGAUGAUGCGGCCGCCGCUGGUCAUCUCGCACCUGAAGUCCCGGGCCGCGCCCAAGGGCUCGACGGUGAAGCUCACCUGCACCAUCUCCGGGCCGGGCAUCACGGUGCGCUGGCUCAAGAACGGCAACCCGAUCGAGAAGAGCACCAAGCACACCUUCAAGGUUAGCGAGGGCCUGCUCGGGCUCGAGAUCAAGGACGUGGACAGUGUCGACGCGGGCGAAUACUGUUGCAUGAUCAAGAACAAGAACGGCGAAACGUCCACCAGCACCACGCUAACGGUGUACGAAAGUUUCGAAACCAAACCGACCCCACCGACGUUCAUCUCCAUCAAAGAUGAUGUUUCACUAGAGGACAAGCAGGUAGCUCCACCGGUACCGGCGGCUCCCGAACCGACCGCACCGGCAACGGAAGCGCCUGUCGAUGCGCCACCAGCCGCCGCCGCCGCCGAGCCGGCGGUUGACGGUGUUGCAGCCGCUGCCGCCGCCGCACUGCCUCCUUCGGGUGCUCCAGAAAAAGCUCCUCCCCCCGAAGAACCCUCCCCGACUGCUGAGCCGCCCGAGCCACACGAACCUGACGCCGCAGAAGCCGCCGGAGAAGAGGCGGUAGAUGGGGAUGCGGUGGCCCCAGUGUCGGAAGCCGCUGGCCACGCCAAGCACCGGCGGUUGCUGCCGGAGAAGUCACCGUCGCCGCCACCGAUCGGGGGUGACAUGGCGCGCUACUACCACAAGAAGAUCCUGCACCACCGGGACAAGCUGCAGUGGUCGGUGCACCUCACCAACCGGGCCAUCGUGGCCGGCAAUCGGCUGAAGCUGAUGUGCGCCGCGACCGGCUUCGAGCCGACGCUGGAGUGGUUCAAGGAUGGCCAACCGGUCGAGUACGAUGACCACGUCGUGGACAUGAACGAUAUGCAUCGCGGAGCAUACGGAUGCCUGUGGGUCAACGACGUCACGGUGAAGGACGCGGGCGAGUACACGUGCCGGGCCAAGAACGAGAUGGAAGAGAUCGAGACCGUCUGCAAGCUGACGGUCGUCGAGCCGGUCACGGCCGUGCAAACGUUCCCGCCGAUGUUCGUCCGCUCGGUCAAAGAAAACUUCGACCCGUACAGUAACAUCCUGAGCGUGGAGUUUAUGAUCCGGGCCAACCCACCGCCAACGCUGACCUGGUACAAGGGCAUCAUCAAGCUGGGCGUCUACCCGGACAGCCACAUGCGCAUCUCGCAGCACUUUGACGAAACGGCCGAGCACACGAUCGCGGCACUCGUGUUCUACGAUCCGUCCUACACGGACACCGGCGAGUACACGUGCCUGGCGACGAACAGUGUGGGCGAGGCCACCUGCAAGCACCAUCUGGACUUUUGCUCCAAGGAGCAGUACUUCGAGUGGCUCGCCAAGAAGCGGCCCGGGUGGUUCAAGGCCGAGUCGUACAUAGCGGUCGACCCGGUGCCGACUUUCGACGGCGAAGAUGAUGAGGACGAGGAUGAGGACGGGGAGGAGGAAGAGGAACAGGAAGGGGGGGAGCAGCAGCCCGAAGGCUCCGACGAGGGGCCACCGAGGGAGCCGAGAAAGAAGAAGAAGCGGGCCCCGAAACUGCCGGAACUGAAGGAACUCCCGGAGGAGGAGGGUGGCCAAGUGGCCCCGGUAGCGGCACCGGAACCGGCCCCGGCCGCGGCGCCGGAGCCAGCAGCCCCGGCGGAACCGGAUGAACCACGGGUGACGUACCAGCGGCGCAAGUCACGCACCCAGGUGGCGCUGGAGGAGUUUGAGAAGCGCAAAAAGUUUGACUUUGUGUCGCACAUGUCCAACGUGCGCGUCGAGCUCGGCAAGACGCUGCGUCUGAUCGCGUACGUCAAGUGCCCGGAGGAGGUCAGCUCGUACUGGAAGCGCGACGGCCGGGCGCUGGGCAAUGGGUUGCGGCUCACGCACACCACCAUGCGCUGCGGCACGUGCGUGGUGGAGAUCGAGAAGUGCAAGUACCGGGACGCGGGCACCUACACGUGCGUGGCCAAGUGCGAGUCGUACGGCGAAAUCGAGCAGUCCUGCACGGUGACGGUGGUGGAGAAGGCGGAGAUCAAGGGCGAGGCGCCGGUCUUUACGCGCCCGAUGCUAGAAAAGUACGAUCCGAUACAGGACGAGCUAACGCUCGAGUGUUGCGUGCGCGGCGAUCCCGACCCGGAGACGGUGUGGAUCGUGCAGGGUGUGUUCAUGCGCCACAACACCGGCGGCCGGCUGUACUUCCGCAAGCACGAGGACGGCCGGCAGCAGCUGAAGAUCUUCCAGCCGUCGAAGGAGGACAGCGGCCGGUACGUGUGCCGGGCGAAGAACAGCGUCGACAAGACGGACAUGGUGUACUACCUGAACUACAAGAACAGCGACGAGGACGUGCUGAAGGUGUUCGAGGACGAGCUGCACCGGAAGACGGAGAAGCCGAUCCUGAGCCGGCACCUGCGGGCGCGCGACUGCGACUACGCGCCCGAGGACGAGGCGCUGAUCAAGUGGUCGGAGACGCGCAGCCAGCACGACAAGGAGUACGAGUACCGGUACAAGCUGCACUUUGUCACGCAGCUGCAGGACAAAACCGUGCCGGAGGGCUCGAACCUCAAGUUCACGUGUUACGUCGACGGCAAGUUCCCGCUGUUCAUGUGGUACAAGGACGACAUGCCGAUCGUGCAGGGGCGCAAGUACCGCCAGAAGACGCGCCGCGACGGCAAGGUGACGCUCGAGAUCGUGAACGUCACGACGGAGGACGCCGGCACGUACAAGAUCGAGGCGCGCAACUACGCCGGCUGCAUCGAGUCGAAGUCGGUGGUUAGUGUUUACAAAAAUCCGUACACCAAAUUCGUGCCCCCCAUCUUUGCCAGCAACAUCCUAGAAACCUACUCGCUCCACUCGGACGAGAUCGUGCUGGAGUGCCGGGUGCGUGGUACGCCGCGCCCGAACAUUGCCUGGAUCAAGGAUGGGGAGUACAUUAUCCCGGGCGACAAGUACGAGCAGUACGACCACGCCGACGGUACCUGCAAGCUGAUCAUCACGGCACCGGGCGAAGAGGAUUCGGGCACGUACACGUGCGAGGCCGAGAGCGGUGGCUGCAGCGACGCCAUCAGCCACAACGUGCAGUUCGUUAGCAAGGAGAAGGUGCAGAUGGAGCGCACGCACAGCGUGUACCACCGGAACCCGAAUCUGCCGCACUUCUUCCAGGGCCUGGCCGACUACUCGAUCCCGUCCGGCGGCAACAUCUGCCUGGUGGUCGAGGUGCAGGGUAACUGCGAGGUGGCGUGGUUCCGCGACCGCUACCCGGUCACCGGGAAGCCACCGAAGACGCGCACCUACCACGACGGUACCGGCCUCUUUGCGCUCUGCAUCACCGCGGCCACGAUGGACGCAUCCGGGCGCUACACGUGCCGCGCCACGAACGCGUUCGGCAAGGCCGAGUCGUCCUCCAACGUGGACAUCAUCAACCCGAACGCGAUCAAGGGCGCGAAGCCGCCGAUCUUCAUGUCCCGCCCGCAGCCGGAAAUCAAGAUCAGACAGGGCGACUCGCUCUCGAUGGCGUUCAAGAUCAUCGGGGAUCCGAAACCGAAGAUCCAAUGGAUGAAGGGUACCAAAGAUUUGACCAACUUGGCGCGAACGAUCAAGGAAGUGCACGCCGACUACAUUCGAUUCUCGAUCAAAGAGGCAGUGGUAGCGGACGCGGGCCCGUACUUUAUCGUCGCCCGGAACCGAUACGGCAUCGAUCGUUCGUUCACCACCGUGUCGGUCAAGCCACCGAGAGGCUACAAGAAACACUUGGAAGACGAUAUCGAGCGGGGCGGACCCGAUAAGGGAAGAAAAUAAACGCUCAAACCGUACAUCGCUGGAACUCUACCUUUCGAGUUUCAUCGGAUUGUUACUUUGUAUUUUGGCGAUGCGUUGCUUCCGCACCCUGGCAGAAGCAACCCUUUUGUAGAGUUUAGGCGCAGCUAAGUUAUCAUUAUAUCAUCGUGAUCGUCGUGACCAGCUGGGGCAGCGGCAGCACUUCUCAACACCCUACUUUUCAUCUUUUCGUUUUAACUACUAAAGUCGAUGACGCGUGGAUGAUUCUAACGCUAGAAGUGCGAGGAUACGUAACUGGUUUUUUAUAGGACUUUAUUACUCCCCCCCGGACUUAGUAAGUGAGAGGUUUUCGAGUUUAUAUAAAUAAAACGAUUUGACAAAAGAACCAAG